CAGAGGACGAGAGGGCUCCGCCAGACGUGACGUCGCGAUUCCUUCCUAAACUUGCGGAAAGUUUCUUCGAGGAAAAAAAAAGAAAGAAGAAGAAGAGGAAGAAGAAGAAGAAGAAGAAGAAGAAAAAAGAAAAACAAGCCCGGGAUACACUGUGAAAACAUCGUGAUGUACGGCCAGUCGUGCUCAUACAUUGCAUUGUGUCGUGGAAAUGAUCGUACGGUGCCUUCGCUGUGUCGACUCGGCGGCGGUUGUUGCGGCUAUUUGCGCCGUGUUGCUCGCGCAUAGCUGCGCCUGUGUGAGCACGGAGGAUGAGGUCCUGGAUAAGAACCAGCUCUUGGAUUUCUACAAAAAGGGUCUCUUCAUCCUGGAGAGCUUUCAGCUAAAACGCUGCAUCACCGUGGAUCGCUCCAACCUGGUGUUGGAGAACUGUGAGAGGCCCACACGCCGCAUGUUGUGGAAGUGGGUCUCCCGACACCGUCUCUUCAACCUGGGCACCAGCACGUGCCUGGGCCUCAACGCCAGCGAUGCCGCACAGCCUCUCGGCACGUUUGACUGUGACAUGGUCUUCCGCACACUGUGGUGGCGAUGUAACGGAAACACUCUGUUCGGAGCGUCUCAGAUGAAGCUGUCUGUGGCCGGCCGUUUGGUGGUGGUCAAGAAAACGUCGUACCACCAGUGGAGAAGGUACAACACCCCUGGAGAGGGGCCCUGCUCAUACCCCUAUGAAGAUAUCCACACUUUGUUGGGAAAUGGGAAUGGUAUGCCUUGUGCUUUGCCAUUUAAAUACAACAACAAGUGGUAUUCUGAAUGCACUGCCGAGGGACGUGAGGACCAUCGUCAGUGGUGUGCCACCUCCACCCACUACGAUGAAGCGGAAAAAUGGGGCUUCUGCCCGGUUCAAGACUCCAGCUGCGAAACUUUCUGGGAGUCAAACCAGGAGCUGCGGGCAUGUUACCAGCUAAACCUGUACACCAUCCUUACAUGGAGUCAAGCGCUGACAUCCUGCAAGGCCCAGGGUGGUGAUCUGCUGAGCAUUACCAACCUGGCAGAGCACAGGUAUAUCAGAGAUCGACUGGCUGAUGUUGGUGUGAUGGUGUGGAUAGGGCUGAACCACCUGAAGGAUGCUCGGGGUUGGCAGUGGUCUGACGGAGCCCCUCUAGCGCUGGUUAACUUCACCACAGGACUGUCCCCAAGCCCUCUGCAGGACAACAGGCAGUGUGGGGUAUACAACUCGGCCUCUGGGGGUCACUGGCAGAGCCUCUCCUGUGAGUCUGCUCUGCCUUAUGUCUGCAAGAAGACACCAAAUGACACGAGGAGAGUUGAACCACUUGAGAACUGGCAAUAUUACCACACCGUGUGUGCAGAGGGCUGGCUGCCUCAUAAUGGUUUCUGCUACCUGGUGCUGUCUGUAGCAGAGGCAGGCAACUGGAAAGAUUCACUCCAGGCAUGCAGCUCAAAGGGAGCCAACCUUACUAGCAUCCACUCCCUGUCUGAGGUGGAGCUGCUACUUAACCUCCUGGCUAACUUUUCUGGGGAGAGUCCAGAGGUGUGGAUUGGCCUGAGGACACAGACAUCUUCACCGGCUGUGGAGUGGUCUGAUGGCUCUCCAGUAGAUCUCACUCUCUGGCACCAGUACCAUCCUCCUCCCAACAUAACAAAUGCCCCACUCUGUGCUAAACAAGAUCGCAAGGAAGGUAAUUGGAUGUUGGCAUCAUGUGAUGAGCAACUGCCUGCUGUGUGUAGAAAAGAAAGUCUGACUCCCCUUCAUCACAGUGAAGAACAGGAUGAAGGCUGUCCUUCGGGCUGGAAGCGUCACGGUCACUCCUGCUACUUUGUGACCAGCCAUGAACAAAGCUAUGACGAUGCAGUGAAAGGAUAUUACUGCAAGGCCCCUCUUCUCACUGUGGAAAACAGAUUUGAACAGGCGUUUGUCAACAGUCUACUCAGUGAGUUGGGGGCCAACAACAGUGUGCAAUACUGGAUUGCCCUCCAAGACCAGAACAGGACAGGGGAGUACAGCUGGCUGCCUCACAAUGGCUCGUCUCUGCCUGUCACUUACACCAACUGGAACAAACACCAGCCAGUUAGUGCUAGCGGCUGUGUUGCUAUGACAGGUGGCCCAUCCCUGGGUCACUGGGAGGUGAAGGACUGCAUAUCCCACAAGGCCUUGUCAAUCUGUAAGCAGAGCAUCAGCAGUUACCAGGAUGUCCAUCAACCAGUGCACGACAUCGACGCUUACGCCCCCUGUCCACCUGGCUGGGAAUCACACUCAGGGCUUCUGCACUGUUUCAAGGUCUUCCACGAUGAGAAAGUUUUGAUGAAACGUACCUGGGUGGAAGCUGACUUCUUCUGCCAGGCCCUUGGAGCCCACUUGGCCAGUUUCCACCACUAUGAGGAGCAGGUGUUUGUCAAACAUCUCCUCAGCACAAUGUUUGAAGGAACAGAGGGUCGCUGGUUCUGGGUAGGUUUAAAUAAGAGAGACCCUCAGGAAAUUGGAGCAUGGGAAUGGUCCGACGGCACUCCUGUGGUGUCGUCCUUCGUCGAGGAUAAGAACGAAGAGGAUGACAGACGCAACUGUGCUGUUUACAGUGAUCUGACCAAUGCCCUGCUGCCACAGCCCUGUGAUACCAAACAUGAGUGGAUCUGCAAGAUGUCCAGAGGUGAUGAACUGAUAAAGCCGUAUUGGUACACUGAGCAGAGCGAGCCCUGGGUCUUCUACCAUGGAGCAGAGUACCUGCUGGCCAAGCAACUCUUCAGCUGGGAUGUCGUCUUUCUGGCCUGUCAGAUGAUGGGAGCCCAGCUGCUGUCAAUUCACUCCAAAGAGGAGCUGCACUUUGUGAAGGAACGCAUGGGCAAGCUCUCCUUGGGCCCAACUGAUUGGUGGAUUGGGCUGUCCAUUGACCUGCCAAGAGAAGAAGUCAGCUGGAGCGACAAGACCGAGCUAGACUUUCAGCACUGGGCAGAGGGAAGUGCCUACGGUGGCCCUGUUAAACAUAAGUUAUGUGUUACCAUGUCCUCUUCAUCAGGGAAAUGGUCAAUGGGUGAGUGCGGUAAUCUCCAUGGUUAUGUGUGCAAGAGAAGGACUGUGUCUGUGGUGGAGAGACCCAGAGAGCCCCACUACAUCGGAUGGUGUCCAGAAACAUGGCUAUACUUUGGACAUAAGUGUCUACUGCUGCAUCUCCCGGACAGUCCUGAGGAGGGGACGAGUUGGAAAGAUGCCCAGUCCAUCUGUUCCUCCUUCCAAGGCUCACUCGUGGCCAUAGAGGACGAGAUUGAACAAGCCUUCAUCACUAUGCUGCUUCAGGGCAGCUCUGUUGGCGUGUGGAUAGGUCUACGGGAUGAGGACACAAUGAAAUGGGCCAAUGGAAAGCCAGUCAGCUAUACCAACUGGUCCCCCGUAGAGCCCAAGAGCUCUCUUGCUGAAGAAGAGUGGCUCAGCGGACCGUUGGCUGGUGACGACCCUCUGUGCACUGUCCUGUCAAACAACCACAAUUUCCACCUAACCGGGAAGUGGUAUGAUGAGAAGUGUACAGAGAGUGGGUAUGGAUUUGUGUGUCAGAAACAACAAGAUACAUCGAAACCCCCCACACACUCCUACCGUCACCCUCUCCCUGACAUUAUUGAGUACAAGGGCCGCAACUACAAGGUCAUGCCUGGCAACAUGAGCUGGUACGAGGCGCUGCAUAUGUGCAUAGAGAAUGAUUCUGACCUAGUGAGCGUUACAGACCCCUUCCACCAGGCUUUCCUUACUGUCCUUGUCAAUAGAUUGGCAGUCCCCCACUGGAUUGGACUGUAUAGUCAAGACGAUGGCAUCAAUUACCAGUGGUCAGAUGGCAGUGACACAGUAUACACACACUGGGAUGCAGCAGAUGACGAGGAUGACUUUGUGACGGGAGAGUGUGUGUAUAUGGAUGUGAGCGGGGGCUGGCGGAGAGCGGAUUGUGACAUGCCGCUGCCGGGGGCCCUUUGUCACGUACCUCCACCAAGAAGUAAUGCUUUCACCACCUAUGAGGUGGUGUGUCCCUCAACCUGGGUGAAAUUUGGAGAUGGCUGCUACAACUUCGAGCCUGUGAUACAGAGGCUUACUUUGGAAGAGGCCAGAGAGCAUUGCAGACAGAGAGUCAACACUUCUGAUGUCCUCACCAUCGAGAAUGAGACCGAGAACCGCUUUGUUCUGGAGCAGCUUUGGUUGUCUGGCUUCCCGCAUCAGACUGUGUGGCUGGGAAUGUACUUCAACACUGACACUGAGUCGAUGGCUUGGGUGGACGGUUCACCUAUGGACUACACCAGCUGGCAUUUUAAAGCCCCAGAUGCCAGCCAAUUAAAAUCGGACACCUGUGUGUCUACCAGGGUGGCGGAUGGGGUGUGGCACCUCUCACAGUGCACCGAUCAAUUAGGCUUCGUCUGCAAAACUCACACAAAUAUCAUCGCAGAGGUGGAAGUGGAACCUCUAAAUGGGUUGCAUCAUGGCAUCGUCCCAGCCGCCGUCCUGAUAGCCAUACUGAUCUUUGCCGUGCUGGCCGGAGUAAUGUGGUUGGUGUACAAGAGGAACGGUGCACGUUUUCACAGGAUCCCCUCCCUCGGUACUGCUUACUACAGACAAACGAGCUCUCAGGCCACGGAGUCAGACGGCAACGUCCUGAUCACAGACCUGGAAAAUCACUCGGGCGAGUAGUAUUCAAUUCCUCUAUCUCUUCGUUUUCUGUCCUCUCUCUUCCUCUGACUUGCGCUCUCCCACACAUCGUCUCACCGUUCCCAAGAAUACUCAGUGACAUUAAAGCUUCAGUGAUGAUUCCUCAGGACAAUAAAAUGACAGCAACAGCUAACAGUUUCGUUUUGCAAAUGUCACGUGACACACAGAAAGAAAAUAUAAAAGCAGUUGGACAGAUGUCGCUCCACUGAUCGCACGGAUUUCAUUCAUUCAAACAAAUCUUUUCGUAAGCGUGGAGGAGCCACAGCGAGGAGUUUUCUGUAAUAUGAAGUAGGGUAACGACGGUUUGGGGGUGGGGGGGAACUCAUUUUGCACACAAAAUGGAUAGGUUGAAUCCAAGACACAUGAACGUUUUAAUCUUGGGGGGGAUUCAUAAUUGGGAAGAUUAUAACUUUUUACAUUAAAUAUUACAAAGGUUUAUUUUACAUAUGAAGGUUUGAAAUGUUUUUUUUUUAUAAUGUUGGAGAAGUAGGGAAAAGUUGGGCCUACUUCUCAGUUUUGAAUUUUCAGUCACUCCAUAUCAUCAAGAAAAUCACUGAUUUGUCAGCAAAAUACAAAUGACUGAUGACUGAAACGUAAUUGUAGCUGUUGAUUCAGGGUUCAGGUCUUGUCAUAUGGUACAGUUAUGUUUGUCAGUAUUACCGUUUUAGUUUGAUUGGAGUACACAUGCUGUAUAUUUGAAACCGGAGGUUUUUGUAAUAUUAUUCUAUUGCGGUGAUCUCAUCUCUGAUCCAGUCCUGCUGGGUUUCUGUUCUGCCGUGAAGUUAAAUUACAUUCAUCUGUUGUGUCGGAUCUAAAACCACCCCGGACCUGUCAGAAUAGAAACCCAGCGUACUCCCACUGACCAGCGUUGAGAUCCACUGCUCUGUUGUAUUAAGGGAAAAUAGGUAAAGGGGCAUCAACGACGACUAAAUUUUGUUUUUACUGGUUCUGUUUUCUACUGAUGAUAUGCAUAGCAAGUUUGUUGGUGUAAUUUGCACAAUUGUUUUCUAUGUUAAUAAACUGAAGGAAG